AUGCACGUUUGUUCGUCCAAUGGUGACGAUCGUUCACCUAACAGGCAUUACGACACCGACAUACAUUACACGUUUCAACUUUGCCAAUGGAUCCUGAAACCGAUCGGUAUUUACCCUUUCGUCUACAGCAACGUGAGCAAACUCGAACGUGCGCUAUCUGCACCGUUGCUGAUCACAUGCUGCUCCGCUAUACUAUUCGUCAUCGUACCAUGUGGCCAUUACGUCUUGGUCUACGAGAAAGACAUAAAUACAAGGGUUAAAUUUCUCGGUCCACUCGUGUUCGGUACAACAUCGCUAAUUAAAUACAUUUAUCUGUGUUUGAAGGGCCAUGCAUUUGCACGAUGCAUCAAACAUGUCGAAAGAGACUGGAAGAUGUUGCAGGAUCAAGAUCAUCGCGAUGUCAUGAUCAAAUAUAUAACCAUGGGACGCAAUCUCAUCACCAUAUGUGCGAUGUUUCUGUACACUGGUGGCCUGUCUUACCACACGUUUAUGCCGUUGCUUUCGAAGAUGAAGAUGGAGAACGUGACCAUCAGACCGCUUACUUAUCCUGGCUACGAGGCGUUCUUCGACGUCCAACAAAGUCCUACCUAUGAAAUAGUCUACUUUACGCAUUGUUUUUAUGUAAUGGUGACCGGUAAUAUUACCAUGGCUGCCUACAGCAUGGCGACUAUUUUUACCAGUCAUGCCUGUGGUCAGAUGAAGAUACAAAUACUACGGCUGGAAAAGCUGACGAAUAGAGGGGUGCUAGAGAAACCUAAGGAAGUUCGUCUGGCGAUUAUUGUAAGAGAUCACGUGGAGAUAUUAAGAUUCUCCAAGUACGUUGAGAAAGCAUUGGGUGAAAUAUGCUUAAUGGAAGUGAUAGUGUCUACGAUGCUAAUAUGUUUGGUGGAGUACUACUGUAUAAUGGAAUGGGCAACUAGUGAUUCAGUCGCCAUAUUAACUUACGCGGUUCUCUUGAUUUCUUUUAUCUUCGUCAUACUGAUGUUUUGUUAUUUGGGGGAGCUUCUUCUGCAACAGGGGAACAAAGUCGCGUCCGCUUCUUACGACACCGAAUGGUACAAUCUUCCGGCGAGAAAGGCGCGUGACAUCGUUCUCUUGCUCGCCAUUUCGAAAUAUCCACCGAAACUCACAGCUGGCAAGAUUUUUGAGCUGUCUUUAAACAUGUUUGGCGUUAUAUUAAAAUCGUCGUUAGUUUACCUGAAUGUGCUGCAGACGAUCACCGAGUUCUGA